GUAGAUGGACAAGGAGACACAGGCAGAGGAUACCAGACGAGGACCAGACAAUAGCAGAUAACAGUGGAUUCACAAUGAGAGGGGUACUUCCUAACCCAGGACUGGAUCACCGGAUCCCUAACCACGAGGACCUGGACAGAAUGGAGAAGGAGGAAUCUGGUGACAGGCCUAAGUGGGACAACAAAGCCCAGUACAUCCUAACUUGUGUGGGCUUCUGCAUUGGCAUUGGUAACGUGUGGCGAUUCCCCUACCUAUGUCAAAGUCAUGGAGGAGGUGCCUUUUUGAUUCCCUACCUGAUCCUGCUAGUGCUGGAGGGAAUGCCUCUCCUGCUGCUGGAGUUUGCAAUUGGCCAGCGUCUCAGGAAAGGCAGUGUGGGAGUGUGGCGGGCCAUCAGCCCCUAUCUGACUGGUAUUGGCAUAGCCUCCAUGCUGGUGUCCUUUCUGAUUGGACUGUACUAUAACACCUUAAUAGCCUGGAUCAUGUGGUACCUCUUCAAUUCCUUUCAAGACCCACUGCCAUGGACCCAGUGUCCUCUCAGUAACAAUGGGACAGAAUUUGUACCAGAGUGUCAGCAGAGCUCCACAGUGGAAUACUAUUUUUACAGAGUGACCCUGAAUAGUUCAGCCUCCAUAUCUGACUCUGGGGGUAUCCACUGGCCCAUAGCAGUCUGCCUAUUAGGUGCCUGGACAGUCAUCGCUAUCUGCUACAUACGGGGGAUCAGGACGUCGGGCAAGGCAGUGUACAUCACAUCCAUCCUGCCUUACAUAGUACUGGCCAUCUUCCUCAUCCGAGGACUGGUUCUUAAAGGCGCCCUGAGUGGAAUAAAGUUUCUCUACACACCAGCUGUGGAAGAACUGCUAAAACCAUCAACUUGGCUGGAUGCAGGUGCCCAGGUCUUUUAUGCCUUAAGCAUAGCAUGGGGAGGCCUCAUCUCCUUCUCAAGCUACAACCCCAUUCACAACAACUGUAUGCAAGAUGCUGUGAUUCUGUCUGCUGUAACUGGCCUCACCUCAGUCUAUGCUGCCACAGUCACCUACACCAUCAUUGGCUUCAUGGCCACAGACAAAUAUGAUCAUUGUAUCAGUGAAAACAUUAUGACAUUAUUAAAUGUAUUUGAUCUUCCUGAAGAAAGCAUCACUAUAAGAAACUAUGAGGCAGUGUUCAGUCACCUCAACAGCUCCUAUCCUGAUAUUGUUCUUGGACUAAACAUCAAAACCUGUGACAUGCAGAAAUAUCUCAGUGAGGGAGUGGAGGGAACAGGUCUGGCCUUUAUUGUGUUUACAGAAGCCAUCACCAAGAUGCCUGGUUCUCCAGCCUGGUCUGUUCUCUUUUUCAUCAUGCUUCUCUGCUUGGGGCUCUCAACCCUGUUUGGCAACAUUGAAGGAGUGGUGGUCCCCUUGAAAGAUCUGAAUGUGUUUCCAAAAAAAUGGCCCCAAGAAGCACUGACUGUAACAACAUGUGUCGUCGCCUUCAUCAUCUCCCUCCUGUUUGCACAACAUUCAGGGAUUUAUUGGGUAACUCUGUUUGACAACUUUGCUGGAUCUAUUCCACUUCUGACAAUUGGAUUAUUUGAGAUGAUAGCUGUUGUUUACAUCUACGGCAUAGACAGGUUCAAUGCAGACUUGGAGUUCAUGAUUGGACAUAAGCCCUCCAUCUUCUGGCAGGUUUUGUGGAGGUUCAUCAGCCCUCUAAUUAUCCUUGUUAUCUUAGUUUUCUACCUGGUUGGCCUAGCCCAGGAGGAGCUCACCUAUUUAGUCUGGGACCUCAACUCUGAGGAGUUUCCAUAUCUGUCACUGGUAUCAUACCCUGCAUGGAUCAAUGCUAUCAUCUUUCUCUUGGCAGGAGUCCCCACACUGGCAGUGCCUGUAUAUGCUUUAUGUAGACUGGUUUUUGUUUGCUGUAAAAGAAAACAUGGGAGAGGACACAUCUUUGAAUAA